AACUAUUGCUUUCUGUCCUUAUUUUGGUGGGAAUCAGUCUCUUAGUCACAAUUCUGUUAGUUUCUAUUUAAUGAGAAACUAGUUUGUACUUUCAGCUGAAAGUCAUUAACACGAAGAACUGUGAUAAAACAUUUUUAUGGUGCUGCGCCUCAGAGGAUAUAAGAGAGCAGAACCUGAGGAAGCUUCACUCAUCAGAGACCUCAAAAAGCUGGAGAAUGAUUUCUACAGACGCCUUGGAGUCCAAACUGAAGGCCUUGCAAUGCCACUUCACCUGGAAUCUGGAACCUUCCAAGUUCAAACUGAACUAUCUCAGGGAUGCACUGGAGGACAUCGCCACGGAUAAGGGAAACGUCUGGCUGGGUCACGUCUACAACCUGCAGGGGUUUAUCCAUCAGAAGCUGGGCUCCUCUGAAGAGGCUCUGAAGUUCUUCAUUCGAGCCACUGAGACCUUCCAGCAUUUUAAAAGCUCUGAAGGUCCUUGGUUGAUGGUGAACUUUGGGAAUCUGGCUUGGCUGCACCAUCUUAUGGGUGAAGAUGAGAAGAGCCAGGAUUACCUGUCAAAGGUUGAAGCUCUGAUGAGUGAAUACCCAGCACCACCUGAGGAAGAGCUCCACCCACAGGUCUGUGCUGAGAAGGCCUGGACCCUGAUGAAGUUUGACAAAGAGGAGAAGCUGCAGGCUGCAGAGCUCUUCCAGAAAGCCGUGAGGAUGGAGCCAAACAACGUGGAAUGGCAGAGCAGCUGGGCAAUAUUAUCAGCAGAUUCCUUCAAAGCUGCAAUGAAGAAAAUGACGCCUGAAGUUUUGGAAAAAGUGAAAUCUGCCACAGAACGAGACCCAGACAACUUAUAUGUCGCUGCUCUUUAUCUGAAUGCACAAGGUGCAAAGGAAAAACAAAUUCGGGAUGAAGCAAAAUAUUUAGCUGGAAAGAUUCUAGAAAAGCCGAUGCACAACUACUGUGGGAUCAACCUGCUAAUCAAGCUGUAUAGAAAGUACUUAUCUGUAGACGAAGCCGUUGAAAUAGCCGAUGAGGCAUUGAUGAGACAUCCUGAUUCACGUUUUGUAAAGAGGUCUGCUGCAAAAUGCUACACUAAGAAGAUCUUUUCACAGGAAGGCAAUCCUGAUCCCAGAAUUAUCAACAAAGCAAUCAGUCUGUGGAAAGAAGUGAUUGAUGCUUACCCUGAAUGUUCCCUGAAAGAAAAAAUAUCUCUAGCUGACGUCUAUAGAAAGGUAGACAUAGAGAAAGCUGAGCAGAUUUACAGAGAGCUUCUGGAGAGAGAAGAUCUGGAUCCGGUAGAAAAACAGAUGCUUUACAAAUAUUAUGCAAGCCAUUUAUACUUCGAUAAGAAUGAAACAUUCAGGUCUGCUGAAUACCUCAUGAUGGCAGUAAAGAUUCCAGAAGAAUCCAUUUAUCGACGGUUGAGCAUCGCUUAACUGAAGAAGAUCUUAAAAAGAAGCAAAUACCCAGAAUUACGGGAAAGGAUUGAGGAGCUCCUGACAGGCCUAAACAUAUCAACCAAUUAAAAAAAAAACUGAAAAAGUGCCUGAGAUCCUAACGAUGAUCAUAUAAAAUAAUUGUGAUGUUUGUUAUAAGUUAGAUUUCUCUUGUUUCAUAUAUUUAGUUGUGCUAUUUAUCCAGUGAAAAAUGUUUUUACUCAGUCUGUUUCACAUGCAAAGCCAUAAAUGUCUGAGUGAAAAAGUGUUUUACAUACAAGGAGUAUUUAUUCCAUGACAAACCAAAUUCUUUCCCAAGAAUUGUUAUAGUUUAACUUAAGUGUGUGUAAUGUGUGUUUUGAGACAACGUUCACGGCUUUUUCCUCGUUAUUAGUAAGGGAUCAGAACAGGGCUGAUUACCAAGCAAACCGGCCGUAUGAUGAACUGUUCUCUCUUUGCAAAGAUCAGAAUAAAGCGCAGAC